AUGCAAAGCGUCUGCCUUCUACAAGUUGUUUCCACUUUAUCUUUACUCAUCCUAUCCAAAGCACAGCCGGCGGUCGGAUCCGGUGUCUCCUGUCUCAGGUCCAGUCCUGCUGCUGCACAUGACGGACACACGCGCGUCACGUUCCUGCGAGAGGACGCAGCCGGUGUGCGCGCCCUGUUCCUCAGCCUGUGGUCCGAGGACGCGCGCCCGGUGACAUGCGAAGUGAACUCGGACCCUCUGGUGACGGAGAAAUACCGCAGGCUUUGCGACAUAAGCCAUGAAGUAACCCGGCGGUUUAAUAUCAGCGCGCUGUUGGCUCCGGAUUCUCGCUUUUGUGCGGGCGUCUCCUCCACAGCGCCAAAGCUUCCCAGGAGAGAAGAGACAGCGGGGAGAGCGCGCAGGAAACGCGCCUGGAUGUUCCCCGGGACGCUGUGGUGCGGCACCGGGAGCAAAGCGCUCGGAUACGAACAGUUAGGGAUGUUUGAGAGAGCGGACAGAUGCUGCCGAGAACACGACCACUGCCUGCACAUCAUCCCCUCUUUCACGGUGAAUUAUGGCGUCUUCAACCCUCACUUCUUCACCGUCUCACACUGCCACUGUGACCAAAGGUUUCGGCAGUGCCUUCUUGGUGUCAACGACACCAUUUCCAGCAUGGUGGGCUACAGCUUCUUCAACAUCCUGCGGGUUCCCUGCUUCGAGCUCAAACAGCUGAGGCGAUGCACCCAGAUGUCCUGGUGGGGAACGUGUAAAGUCACCAAAAAGGCUCUCUAUGCCGUCUUCAAAAAGCCGCUCCGUUACAGCUCCUCCGAUGUUACAAGCAAACACGGAAACAACGCUGAGAGCAACGCGCUAACAAGCAGCAAGAGGCAAAGAUUCAUCGUCAACCCGCACAGAACGUUACCCAAAAGUGAACACCGAUGCUUCAGAGACUCGCCCAGAGGAGACACUGCCAGCCUCAGAAGGACGAAGGAGAAAGGAUACAGCCAGCUGCUGUGUAGAAGCCUCAAACAUCUGGAUGAAUGUAAAUACAAAAUCCAUCCUUUGGGGAAGAAGUUUGGCCUGCAGAACCUGGAGCCACAGACGGCGUACCACUGUGACUGCACCAGCUGCUUGGCUGUUCAGAUUAAAAGCUUCAAGAAACCCGGUGUUCUCCCCGCGCUGCUGAUGGAUUUCGUGUCUCAAUUCUGCUUCAAACUGCCGGAGGAGAAGAAAUGCCACCGCGGGACAAGCUGUUCUGGAGGCUUCACUCCAGCCUCUGACCUACUUCAGGCACUUAAGCUGAUGGAGGAAAAAGACACGGCUGGGGUGCGAAAUUCAGUCAAUUACAGAAGAAGAGGGAUUCCUGCUCGGCUUUAUAAGCGAUGCCUAAGGCUGGAGAGAGAAGCGGAUGUUAUGGCACAGCACACACGGUCUUAGACUAUAAUGGGCAGCAACAAUGAGUUGGAUCAGCUUUACAUUUCAUGCAGUGCUUUCUGUUUGUCGAUGGUGUAAAAUGGCGUAAAAAGCACUCAAACCUUUUUGAAUAUUGAAAUAGGCCUGUAUUUGAAAAUAUGCCAUGAAUGUAAAUGUUAUAUAUUUAUAAAGAGCUGUCAUACAAAACUGCAUGCCAUCAGAUUGUGCAUUAAAGAUGGAAAUAAAUGUUUCUGUUUGACUAA